AUGGACUCAGACAUCUUACAAGCUUUCCAGGAAGAACUCACCUGCCUCAUCUGCGUGAAUUACCUUAUAGACCCAGUCACCAUGGGAUGUGGGCACAGCUUCUGUUUGCCAUGUCUCUAUGUUUCCUGGGAGAAAGCUGAGAGCCCUGCUCAUUGUCCUCUGUGCAGGGAACCACCACAGCAGACAAAGCUCAAACCCAAUAUUCUUCUGAAAAAUCUGGUGUCCAUUGCCAGAAAAGCCAGUCUCCGGCAAUUCCUGAGCUCUGAGGAACGUAUGUGUGCUUUACACAAGGAGACAAAGCAGAUCUUCUGUGAAGACGACAGGAGCCUCCUCUGUUUGCUCUGCUCCAGCUCUCAGGAGCACGAGGCUCACAGACACUACUCCAUUGAAGAGGCUGCUGAGGAAUCCCGGAAGAAGCUGUCCAACCAAAUGGCAUCGUUAUGGGAGAAGAUCCAAGAAAUCCGAAGAAAUCUCAGUAAAGAUGGCAGGAUACCUGACCAUUGGAUGAAUUACGUGUAUCGACAUGAGCACAUCACAAGGUCUGCUUAUCAUGCACUGCGUGAGAUUCUCCAUCAGGAAGAGAAACAACACUUAAAGAGCCUUGAAAAGGAAGGCUCAGAGAUGUUUAAACAACUCAAGAAACGUCAAGCUGAAAUGGUUGAGAAGAAGAUAAGCCUAAGAGCAAUGUAUGAGGAGCUCAUGGACGUGUGCCAUAAACCGGAUGCAGAGCUGCUCCAGGAAUUAGGAGACAAACUGACAAGGAGUGAGCAGGUGCAGCUGCACAUGCCGCAGCCUCUGCAGCCACAACUGCCUGCACGACCCAUCACUGGACUGGUGAACAGGCUCAACCGCUUUCGAGUGGAAAUUUCCUUCACCAAUGAAAUAACCAAUCACAAUAUCAGGCUGCUUGACGACGUGAGAAGUCUGAGUUUUAGGCGUGACAGUUAUUAUGCAUCUCAGGAUCCUGGAACAUGUAACUAUUAUGCUGCAUGGGGAGCCGAGGUCUUCACCUCUGGCAAACAUUAUUGGGAGCUGCACGUGGAUGACUCUUGGGACUGGGCUGUAGGGGUCUGUAAGGAGUCCUGUCUAAGGAAGAAUGGCACACUGAUUGGGUCUCAGGACGCAUUUCUCCUUUUAUGUCUGAAGGAGGAUAAUCGUUAUACUCUCUGGACCACCGCCCCAAUGACUCGUCAGUUCAUAGAGAAACCUCUGGGCAGGGUUGGUGUGUGCCUUGAUGCUGACAGUGGAAGUUUGAGUUUUGUGGAUGUUGCGAAGCAUUCCCUCAUUUGGGCAUACCCCCAUGGCAUAUUCAACUUCCCUGUCAGGCCUUUCAUUUACACGGCCACACAUGAGUAG